GGGUAUAUGUCGUUUACUUCAAUUGUUUAUUUGUUGACAGUUGAAUUUGUUUUUGAACUUUUGCUGUUUGGUAUUCGUUUCAUUUUAAUACUUUAAAAUGCUUUUAUAAGUAUUUUAAAAUAAGUCUUACCAAAAAAAUUGAAUUUUAAUAAGGCAUUUCUUGGAACCCCACUACACAUAAGCUUCUUUAUUCAUCGGUCAAGCUUAUUGUCCUAAGUCCCUGCAAUCUUACUGCAGUAUAUUACAGAAAAUUAACGUCGUUUGCCUCCAAAAAAAGGUUUAUGUUGAAAGCGAAUGAAAAUACAAAAAUGUCGACUACAGGUCAAAAUAAUGGUAAAAAGAGUUCAAAUAGCUCUACUGUUAACACACCUUCCAGUACUCCCAUUACUACAAUAGCUAAUGGUACUAGCACUACAAAUACACAGAGCUCCCCACCGCCCAACAAUGCACCUAAAUAUGGCACAUUGGUGCCCAAUAGAAUCUUUGUAGGAGGAAUUUCAGCUAAUACAACUGAAGGUGAAUUGAUGCAACUCUUUAGCAACUAUGGCACUGUAAAGGCUGCUAAAAUUAUUCAAGAUAGAGCCGGUGUGUCUAGAGGUUACGGAUUUAUCACUUUUGAAAACGAAGAUGACGCUAAGAGACCUCUUAGAGAAGCUGAAAACAUAGUAUUGCGCGAAAGAAAACUCAAUAUAGCCCCAGCUAUAAAGAAACAGCCUUUUAAUAGAACCUUCGAUGCUUCUAGUCCUCCAGCAGUGGCAGCAGGUAACCCGGCUCAGUUCUUUUUCCCACCUGGAGCGGCCAUGCCAUAUUUCCAAGGUGGCGUAGCCUAUUAUCACCAACCGGCCUCUGCCGCACCAGGAGAUCCUACAGUACAACCCCCUGUUUACCAAACUCCUCCGAUGUAUCCUACACAAACUGGUCCGCCUCAGGCACCUGCUUAUCCAUCUAUGAUGUUUCCUCAGACUAUUUACAUGCCUCAACAGUAUCCAAUACCUAUGCCGUUUGAGUACAAUUUCUACCAGGGUAACGGCGUCCCGCCAUCGACUCAAUACAUGGCCGGAGGCCAAACCGGUCCAGGAGGUACCCAAUGUAACCCCAUUAUUCGAUCAAGUAGUCCGCAAAGACCCAAUUGCUAUGCUCAACAGUUGCCCCCGUAUAAUCCAAACGAGCAAUUUUUCUACAAUCUACCAAUGUACGGAACAACCAUGGAAGGGCCCGCCGUUUAUUCCGAAGCAUUCGAUUUGGGCGCCGGUGGACCAUACACCGAGGAUAACUACGAUAUUACCGAACAAACCCUUACAUCACAAGACGUUGACACAUCGCUAAUUCCUUCAUCACAACCGCCGUUGGCACUGCCUUUGGGGGUAUCAUCGGGUACCAAUUUUUCGUCUAAUCAACCUCAAGUGACAAAUAACGAUACGUCAAACGUUAGUUUCGGCGGUAGCAGACUGUCAUCUUUACAACAACAACAACCAACGGAUAUACACCAGGCGCAUAUUUUACCGAAUGAUAGAAAAUCGCAGACGCCGGUCGUAUCCGUUUUAUCGAUCGAACAACAACAGGAAAAAGACUAUUCGUCGAUGCAGAGCGGGCGCAGACGCAAACCGAUUAUGCAAAAUAAUCAAAACAUCCCCGUUUAUCCUUCUAACGGUUUCGUUAAUCCAUUCGUAGGAUUCAACCCUCAACAUCCUCCUCCGCCCAUAUUCGGUCCUCAUCCUCCUCAUUCGGUAUUCGGUUUCCCGGAUUAUCGCAGAUUUAACGGAUACAUCGAAGGACGUCCGAACAAUUUUAAUAUAAACAGAACGCGUAAACGAAAUUUCGAUCAUAGACAAUCGAACGAUCAUUCGAGUCGUUCGAGUUUACGCACCGAUUCGAAUUCAUCUUCGGCUAGUCUAGUCGACGAAAAUAAAAACGAGGAUAAUAAAAUAGUAAAUACACCCCCGCCGGCUCCCUAUUCGCCACAAUUGAAAUCGAUCGGUUACGCGAAAUCAUUUCACAACAACAAUUACAAAAAACAAAAUAAUAACAAUAAUGACGAUAAUAUGAAAUAUUACUAUUACAACAAUAAGACUGUAUCGAAUACUACUAACGAUUUGACGAAAAACAAAAACAAAACCCCACCCGUUAACAACAACAAUAAUUUGAUAAUUGAUGAUAAAACCCGUCAUCCUGAAUCCUCCUUAACACAAUCCUCCGAUUCCCAGGUACAUUUAUCGACUACGACAAAUCAGAGUUACGUACCGGCGGUGGUGACUGCGCAACCGCAGGCGAGACGCAGUAAACGUUCGUUGCGCCGCAGUGGCGCCGGAAGCGGUAUGGUUAACGAAAUCGGCGCCGGAGACGCUCCGCUACCCGACGAAGUCGCCGGCGAGGUGCGCAAGAAGAUGGAUUCGCUCAAGUUGUAACAUCCUCCUUUUUUUUCUGUUUUGUCUCCUUUUUGUAUAUUUUUCAUUUUCUAUUUAUUUAAGACUGUACAAUAAAUGUAAUAUACCGUAAAUUUAAUGUACGUAAGAAAGAGAAAGAGAGAAAGGGGUUAUAAUAAAAUAUAUUUAUUUAUUGAAGAAUGAGGAUAUAUAUAUAUAUGUGUGUGUGUAACGAAAAGUGAUUAUUUUGUUGUUGUUUUGGGAGCGGGCUCGUCCAACUUCGACAGUCUUCUCAAUAAAUAAGAAAAAUAAAAACAAUUAGAAAUCGUCAAUUAUCACCUUAAAAUCCUCUUCUUUAAUUCCCUUUUUCAUCGCAAUAAGGAGUCAAUUUGAUUAUUACCAGUAAGACAUUAUUUUUGUAUUGAUUAGAACCGAAAUCGAACUUGGAAGAUUGCGCCCUCCCUUUUUGAGUUUUCGAACCAUAUAUUUAUAAAAAUAUAAUGAUAUAUAUAUUGAAAAAGAUUUUUAAAUGACAAUAUUACGUUGAGAAUUAAAGCAGUGAGAUGCCAUCUGUAGAGGACGCGUUUCGUAGUUUAGUUUUUUUUUAUUAGAUGAAACAUUGUGCUCUAAGGUGAGUUAUUUAGAUUCGGAUAAACGGAUUCAAAGAAAAAAUAAAAAACGUUAUUUAAUAUUUAAGACUAUAUAUAACGUAAAUUUGUAAGCGAUAGUUUUUUUGUUUGUUAUUAUCGUUUGUUUCUAUGUGUAAAAGAUACUCUUAUUCUAUGAUAAUUGAAAAAUAUAUCGUCGUUGACGAGGAUGAUUGAUUUUCCUACGUUUCUACAAAAAAAUUAAUCAAAAGGUAAAUUUGUUUUGAUUUAUAAUAAAUUUGAUGUUUUUUAUAUUAAAAUUAUUUUUGAAAAUUCAUAUUCUCAUUAAAACAUUGAAAACUUUUCUCUGUCUGUAUGAAACUAAUAAAUUAUUUUCUUUUUGUUUUGUAACUAUUCGAAACUUGGGAAAAUUGAUUAAUUCGUAUACUAAAUCAAAAUAACGCGGAUAAGUUUUUUUUGUUGUCGAACGAAAAAGUUUUAGAUCUGUGAUAUUAAUAAUAAAGACGAAACGCAAAAAAUCACUUUGCAUUACCUACCAACACAAACAAAAAAAAAACUUACCCGUUACAAUAUCCAGUCAAAUUUAUUUUUCAUUAUCUAAAUGAAAAUAUUUCGUACGAUCCAAUAUAUCGACUCGCCCUGUAUUUUUUUGCCAAAACUAGUACUUAAGUUACGAUCUCUCAACCACGAAUGAAUUUAUCCUCGUUAAAAGACUAUUUUAUAUUUGAAACGUACAGGGUUAGUCACUUACUGAAUUACGGUACGCAAAUGUUUGUUACAUAUUUUUUAAAAUGUGACCUGCCUUGUAUUACAAGAUAUUUUCUUUUGUAUGGAAAGUUGUGCUCAAAAAUAAUCUGCCAGUUACGGUUUGGAAACGAUUUAGUAAAUCCUACCAGGGCGUUUGAAAAAUAAGAGAUUGAAUUUGACAGAUUAUGAAAUGAUCUAUAUCCUGAUUGAAUUCCAUUAGUUUCUGUCCAUUAAAUGUCCAAUAGAACAAAAUUUGAAUAUUUUCCAUUUCUAGUGUACCAAAAACGUAUAAAAAACUUUAUAAGUAGUAGUAGUAGUUUUGUACAUUUGGAACAAAAUUGAUUCGUUAAAAAUUUUCGUUCAUUUUGUAGUAAAUUGUCCUGUGUACCUCAAUGGACGAUGGAUGUGUUGUAUCCAGAUCAUUGUAUUUGAUGAAAAAAAUUUUGAAAAAUUAUCAAAAAAACAUAUUUGUAUCCAGGAAAAGAUAUAAUAUAUUUUUCCAUUUAUUUCAUUUUCUUUUCACAUUUUAAUCUUAUUUUCUUAAUAUUCAAGCCCAAAUAUAAAUGUUUAGUACAAAACUAUACUGAAUACAAAAUAACUUUAUAGUUUUCAUAUAUUUCCUCAUUUUGUCUUUCUAAACUAUGUAUUAAUAAUUAAGCAUUAAAGAGCAAAAAUGAUCAUCAUUUCUGCUCUUCAAGUCGAUCUUCUUUUGUUCAAUGACCCUUUAACGCUUAGUUAUGUUUAUUUGAAAUUUUUUUACCUUUAUCAAGCUCUUUACAUAUAGGUGUUUUGUAACUAAUAUUCAUAGUUUCCUUAUUUGUCCUAUGAGUGUUCAAAUACCUUUUUCAAUAUUUAUCCAGAAAGAAUCUUUUGUCUUUUUGAGAUUCCUCUUUGUAUAUUUUUUUCUAUUGAAUUUUGUAUAUGUUUCUAAUGAUCUGGACACAACUCCUUAGUUUUCCCUCCUUUUCAAAAUGAUCUUAUUUUGUCCAAUGUCUUCUUAAUUUUUCUCAUCUAGCUCCUUUUGCCCAAUGACUUCAAAUUAUUGUUUCUUUUCUUUUCCUUAGAUCCUUUUUCUCAUUUUUUUUUCUAUAUUUCCAAUGAUUUGAAGCCAACUUAUAGUUAUUUCUAUAUGUUCAAUUAUCUGGACACAAUUUUAGGGUUUUAGCAAUUAUUUGUGACUAUAUUUUUUGUACAAUGUCCAUUUUACUUCUCAGCAUGUUUUUUUGAGAUCCUUCUUGCCUUUUUAAGGUUUGUACUCUGAAGUUUUUGUAUCUAUUUUUGAAUCAAUAAAAGUAAUAUUCUUAUUAUCUGUCUUCUUUUGUUCAAUGACUAUUCAAAUUAUCCUUCCUAAUUUGAUUGCAAAUAUUAUGGGCUACAUGUCUUUUUAUAAGUUCUUUGUAGCUUAUUUUUACUUUUUCUCAAUUUAUUUCAAUAUUUUCAAUGAUUUGGACACAACUUUAUAGUUAUACCAACUGUUCAAGGCGAUCUUAUUUGUCCAAUGUCCAUUUUACUCAUAAUCAUGUUUGUUUGAAUUUUUCUUAGCUUUGGCUAGUUCUAUGCUCUAGAUUUUUAUAACUUUUUUUUACCCCUUUUCGAAAGAAUAGUCAUAAUUCUCUUAUCUGUCUUACUUUGUCCAAUGACUAACCCAAUUAUUUCUCCUUAAUUCAUUCGAAAACAUUUUCAUGUCUUUCCAAGUUACUCGUAGUGUAUUUUUCCUUUUUCUCAAUAUGUAUCUACAUUUUUUGUGUUCUGGGCACAACUUAAUGGUUUUGGCAACUAUUUAAUGCAAUCCUUUUUGUCCGAUGACUAAUUUACUUGUUAGCAUGUUUGUUUAAGAUCUUUUUUGCUUUUACAAAGUUGUAUUCAAGGUUUUUGCAAUUUCCAUACUUAUUUUCGAUUCGGUAUCCAUAUUUUUCUUAUCUGUCUUCCUUUGCCCAAUGACUAUUCGACUUAUUUUUCUUUUGAUCGAUUUGAAAACAUCCUCAUAUCUUUUUCGCAAGUUUUUUGCACCUUAUUUUUUCCUUUUCUUAAUUUGUUUCCACAUUUUUACUGACCUCUACAUAACUUCAUAGUUUUUCCCAACUACUCAAGAUUAUAUUAUUUUUGUCCAAUGUCCAUUGUAUUUGCAUGUUCCUUUGAGGUUUUUUGCUUUUUCAAGCUCUGUAGUCAAGUUUUUUACCCUUAUUUUCGAUUCAUUUCUAUAUUUUUAAUGUUCUUAACACAUAUUUUCAAAGCUUCAUUUUUGUCCAAUGUACUCAACUUUUCAUCAUUAUUAUUUGAGGUUAUCUUGCUCAAGCUCUUCACUAAUAGUUUCCUGACUUAAAUUGUUCUUCAAUAUCUAAAUAUUUUUAUUUUUCCAAUGACUGUUCAAGCAUCUCUUCUUAUAUUUAUCCGGAAACAGUUUCCCCUAGCGAAUUUUGUUCAAUUUCAGCAUGUUCACUUCAAACAUUAUUUUAAAUAUUCAUUAUUUUUUUCGUGGUACAUUUAUUUCCAUAUUUUUUCGUGAUUCUUGACCAUAUUUUGUCCAAUACUUGUUCAAAUUCUUUCUAUAUUUGUUCUAAAACAUCCUUAGGUACUUUUCAUACUAAUUAUUUAUUUUAUUGUCAUUGUUAGUGACUAUUUUAUUAGGUCACUCGGUACACUAAUAUUUUUUCUCAAAAAUGACGUUUCUUAUUUUAAAUUCUUCUAGAUUAACGAUGGAAUAUUUCUGAUUUGUAAUAACGUAUAAAUCGUAAAUCGUUUCCGUUUAAAUAUUUGAACAAACCUUAAGCAACAUUGUAUUUUUCAAUUUUAGGCUGUGACAGUUUAAAACGUUUGUUAAAAAAAUAUUUAUUGAUGUUUUGUAGUUUUUAUAUGCCGUUUGAAUGUAAAAAGAAAAAUUACGUUUGGGAAUAAUUUUCGACGAAAGUUAUUACAAAAGUAUUAUUUUUCUUCUUGUCAUCGAAUCAAUCAAAAAUGUCGAAAAAUCGAAAUUGUUAAAUGUUCCAAAGAGCCUAACAGUUUUCAAACGUAGAAACACGUUUUUUUUUCGAUUUAAUAGAAGCUACCACUGAGGAAAAUAUUUUCCGAAAUGGUAACUUCGUUUAAUUGAUUUUUCAAAAUUGUAUAUUCCCAUAUAAAGAUAUUUAUAAAAAAUAGAUUAGUUUGUAUUAAAUAUAUAUAAAAAAUAUACAUAUUCUCUAUAUACAUUGAAAAAUAGUAUGUAAGGAAGGUAAAUUAUUGAACUAGUUUGUAAGGGAUAUUUGAGGUUAGGUAAGAUACUGAAUUUUUCAAAUAUUUGGCCAAAAUACAUUGACACGCAGAAAAAAACACGUUUCAAUCGAAUUCCAUCCUAAUGAAUAAAUCAUUUUAUAUGAAAAUCUUAACGAAUUAGAAAUUUUUAUUAAUGGAAAAUGGAAAACAAUAACGUUGAAAUUUUGUUUUAACAAUUUUUCGACUUGAUUCCAAUGAGAUAUUUUCUCUAUUAUUUUCUCUGUCUUAACUUCACUACUAAUGUUUUUAUAUGCUCUAGAGUCAUCAAAUCUUUCCUAUUUGUCAUUUUUUACCUUGAGUGUACCUGAUUUUACAAAAUUUUGUGAAAUUUUUUGGUUUGUCAUAGCUACGUCAUUUGAAAUUUUAUGGUUUUCAGCCAGAAUUCUUCAGUAUUAAUAUCUUUCUCAACUUAUUUUGUCCAAUGACUCAUGAAAUUAGUUUUUCAUUAUUAAUUUGAUGACAUUUUCCAGUCUCUUUUUAUAAAUUUAUUAUUUCAAUCAAUUCAUUACCAUUCUUCUUUGGUCUUGAUAAUUUCCAAAGCUAUUGAACUCUUUCUCAUAUAUUUGUCCAAUGACCUUUUCCUAUUAUUAAUGCAAAAAGCGUUUAGUCAUUUUUUGAUUCGUUGGUUUUCAAAAACAAAAAGAUUUUCGUCAUAUUUAGGUUCCUUUUAAUGAACUUUUUCUUUUCGAUAAACUCAUUUUCUUUUGUUGGUCUUCAAACUUAUUGAACUCCAUCUUUUGUCCAAUGUCCUUAUUUUUUUCUAAUUGUAUUUAUUUGAAGUUUUUUGGCUUCUUUAGGCUCUUUUCUCAAAAUUUUCAUUCCUUUUCAUUUUUUUUUUUUUUAUUUAAUAUCCAUAGUUUCAAUAUUUGCCUCAUUUUGCCCAAUGACUUUUGACAUAACCUAUUCAUAUAUUUAUUACAAACGGGUAUUUUGCCUUUUUCAAGUUACUUGCAGCUUUUUUUUAUUUUUCUCGAUUUUUAUCCUUAUUUUGUAAAAACUCCAUUUUUCCAUUAUCCUUUUAAAUUCUUAGCAUGUUUCCUUGAAUUAUUCAUUAUUCUUAUACCUAAUCAGUUUUUCUUCUAUUUGUAUCCAUAGUUUCCCCUUCAAGCUCCUUGUGGCGAAUUUUGUCUUCUUAACUUCAUAUGACAAUCGAAGAAAGUGAAUAAUGAGUUCGAUGUAAAUUAUGCCUCAGCCUGUUUGGGGUAUUAAAGAAAAAUAUAUGAGUCACUUUUCCAAAUUUCUAGUAACAACUCCAAUAAAGAAAAUUAUUUUUUUUCUGUGUUGUCCUUUGUAAAGUAGGUACUAUUAGUAUUUAAUAAAAAAUGUUCAUUCGUAUUGUUCCUAUUUUGAGUUAUUUGUUCCUAAAAAUAUUUAUAUUUUCUGCCUGUCAAUAAUUACAGAUUUUUUCGUUUGUUUCUUAACCAGUUCGUUUUGGAAGAGAUUUAAAAAAAUAAUAAUAAAAAUGUCGUAUUUUGUAUUUUCUUUUCUUCUUGUUAUUGUUGUUGCGUAAUGUACAACGUACCUGUGUAUUAUUACAAAUUGUAAAUAAUUUAUUUGGUGUACAGGGCUCGCUAAUACACAAUAUUGACUACACCCCCUGUAUACUACUUGUUAAAGUAAAUUUAAUGAUAUUUUUAUAGCAUUGGCGAGGAUAUAGUCCGGGAAAAUUUGUCUUCAAAGGUGAUUUAUGAGGUAAUUUAUUGAAUCUUCAAUAUAAAAUACUCCAAAGUAUUUGAAAUAGUUUUAUUAAGUAUUUUUUGGAAUAGUUCACUGAGUGGGAGUGAUAAAAAGUGUUUCGUUUUUUAAAUUUGGAAAAACGGUAAGUGUUUGAAAGAAAUAGUUCAGAUAAAAGUUGUAGAUCUUUUAAUUUUACACAAAAAUGAUCCGUGGAAGUUUUUCGCUAUUAUUAAUAUUUACAGAGUUAGGGGAGUUGGGAUAGGGAUCCAAAAAAUUUAAGAAAAGUGUUUUUUCAAAAUUUAGGAAAAAAGUUGAAAGUUUGAAAGAAAAAGUUCGGAUAAAAGUUGUAGAUCUUUUAAUUUUACUCAAAAAUGGUCCUUGAAAGUUUUUUGUUAUCAUUAAUAUUUACAGAGUUAAGGGGGUUGGAAUAAGAGUCCAAAAAGUGUUUUUUCAAAAUUUGGAAAAAUAAUGAAAGUUGUAGAUCCCUCAAUUUUACAAAAAAAGGUCCUUUGAAAAUUUCUACUUAUAAGAACGGAAUUGAAGCAGGAUUGGAGUGGGGAAAAUUUUAAAAAAAGUAUUUUACAAAAUUUUGAAAAAUGUUGAAAGAAGAGUUCUAGAUCUUUUAAUAUUACACAAGACUAUUUCUCUUAUAGUUUUUCGCUAAUAUUCAUAUUUACAGAGUUGGGUUGGUUAAGGUAGAAGUAAUAAAACUUUUUCCAAAAUUUUGGAAAACGAUAAAAGUUAGAAAGAAAUAGUUCAGAUAAAAGUUGUAGAUCUUUUAAUUUACUUCAAAAAUAGUAAAUUGAAGGUUUUUUCUAUCACUUAUUUACAGAGUUAAGUUGGCUCAAGCUUAGGGGAUGAUUUACAACUUUAAAAAAUUGUAACUCGUUGGAGAAUUAUAAAUUUUCAAAAAAUUCAUGAAUGUUUAAAAAAAUGAAAUUUAAUUUUAGAAAAUUAAAAAAGAUUAUUAAUAUUUUUCAUAAAAGUUGAAAUAAUUUGUUUUAUUAUUAAAAAAAAUUGUUAAAAAUAAAAUUUUGAAUUUUUUCUUUGAAAUUAAAUUGGUGGCAAGAGUUUAGAGGAUGGUAAAUUACAAAUAAAAAAAAUUAUAACUCGUUGAAAAAUUCUAAAUUUGAAAAAAAUCUCAAGCAACGAUUAACCCCCCAAACUCAAAAAUAUAAGUAAAAGCGAAAAACUUUGAAGAACUAUUUUUAUGUAAAAUUAAAAAAAUCUUCAAUUUUGAUUUGAGAAACCAAGAAAAUAAUCGAAAAUUAUAUAGUAGGGGCACUUCAAAAUAAUUUUUAUUAAAAAUGUAUGAAUUCACCCCUUAAUGCGCGAUUAAAGACAAAUUUUCUCGGAAUCAUAUAUAAAAGUGUAAGUAUGGCAACUAAUAUAGUUUCUAGCACGUUUUUUCAGGACAACCUGUAUAUGUACGAGAACAUUACAUAUACUCGAUGAUUUUUUUACUAAGUAUUUACUUUAAUAAUAAUAAUAAGCACUGGAGAAUCAAAGUUUAUUGAAAUUUAAUUUGCUUGCAUUCAUAUUUUAAUUCCUUUCUUUAACAUCAUUAUUCUCUCUAUCCAGCUCACCUCAACUAACUCGAACAAAAUGUCCAUACUCAUUUUCCAACCACCUGUCAAUGCCACAAGCUUUUUAGACAAAAUAAUCACACUGGCAACACUUCAAACGAUCUGGUUAUAUCUACCGAUCUUCGUAUAUCUAAUUUCUGACAGUUGUGGAAUCAAAUUUUAAAAAUUCGCUAGUAAAAGUGGAAAUUCUCCAAUUUUUCCAAAAUCAAUAAAAAGAUAUUUCUCGCUUAGAUGGACGUUCUAAAUUCAAAAUUUGACGCAAAUGUUGAACGGUUUGAGCCAAAAUGGUACUUAUCAGCUCAAAGCUAUACCGAUUAAAGAUAUGGUUAAUGGAAAGUUCACGCACUACUUUUGAUUUUCCUUUAUUGAUCGUCGCGUCCACUUACCAUACGUACCCCCAGAAACUUAACUUCACUGCAGGCUUCUUGAUGUCUCCUCAGGCUUCUUGCAGUCUCAUCUGUAUCAGUUUCCUUGUGAGAAACGUACCUCCAUAAACUUAACUUCACUGCAGGUUUCUUGAUGUCUCCUCAGGCUUUUUAAUGUCUCCUCAGGCUUCUUAAUGUCUCCUCAGGUUUCUUGAUGUCUCCUCAGGCUUCUUGCCGUCUCAUCUAUAUCAGUUUCCUUGUAAGAAACGUAUCCCCAGAAACUUAAUUUCACUACAGGCUUCUUGAUGUUUCCUCAGGCUGGGGGUAGGGGCAUUUUUUUCCUGAUCUAAGUAAUGAAAUUGGCGGUGCAGCCAAAAGUGGUUAUUCCCAAGACAUAGAGAGAAUUUUGUAUUUCAUUUCCACGAAUUUUUUUCUGAUUCAAAUUUUUUUUUUUAAAUUCUAGUUGUUCCUAACUGCAACCUAUAUAAAAUGUCAUCGAGCACAAAAAUUAGCGGCCAGCAAUAACAUCCUUGUCAAUUUACACUACGUACCGUGUACAUAGAUAUAAUUUAUGUAAAAAAAAACUUACAGGGUGUUCCAAUUUUUUACCUACAGUACAUAUUCAUCUAAAGUUCAAAAAACAAAUUGUUGAAUCUUUGAGAAUUUUAACGUCCAUAUUAAUAGCGCGUUUCGAAAAAACUAACGAGUUAAUUUGAAACGCUUUGUAAACGGUUCACCCUGUAAUAAGCUCUACAAGGUUGUGUCAUACAAAAGUAGGGACUAUAUUUAUAUAUAUUUUUUAGAUAUUUAGGUUAUGGGUCAAUUAAAGGGUUUUGAUAUGAACACUAAUAUGGUAAAGGAUGUCUCAAUAAAAGAGAACUUCUAGAAAUGUAAAGUGAAACCAACACAACAAAAAUAAAUAAUCGACUUUAUUUACAGAAAAUUAUACACAGUGAGAAUAAAAAUACUAGUUGUGACUAUUAAAUUGUGAGACUGUAAUUUUUUUUCUCCAAUCAUUGAACAAAAUUUCGCCCACCUUGAUGCAGUAUUCACCUAAGGAACUUGAUAGAAAAUGUAGGAUGUAAAAUUCGACAAGGAACACUGAGAGGAAAAGAUGUAUUACAUGUAUUGACAAUAAGGCUUCUUGAUUUCUCCUCAGGUUUCCUGCAAUCUCGUCUGUAUUAGUUUCCUUGUGAGACAAGUCCUAACCUAAUUUCGCCUCUGGCUUCAUGAUUUUUCUUCAGGUUUCUUGAUGUUUCUUCAGGCUUCUUAAUUACUCCUCAGGCUUCUUGCAGAAUCGUCCAUAUUAAUUUCCUUGGAGAAACGUACCCCUAGAAACUCAAUUUCACUGCAGGCUUCUUGAUGUCUUCUCCUCAGGCUACUUUCAGUUUCAUCUGUAUUAGUGGGAAACGUCCUCAUAGGCAUAGUCAUGGUAACUAUUUUUUUGUUGGGAAAUGUCACAUUUACAAACGAACAUUUGUGAUUCGUUUCUAACCCUCUUACAAAAUCAAAACAAAAAUGAUUUUUUUUUCUUCAAUAAAUUAGUUUCAGUAACGGAUUCUACGUGUUUUGACACAUUUAAUAUUUACACCUCGUAUAUAAAGUUGGGUUAUAUAAUUUUUUUGUGAGGUUUUUUUUUAUAGAUAAAAAACUACGAUAAACGUUUCUUACAAAAAAGAGGUUCUUUCAAAUCAAAGUAUAGGUAGUGAUGAGCCAAAACAUUGUGAUAGUUUUAAAAAAACAUUGUAUCCUACUUACUAAGAAGUCUACAAAUCAUGACGAAAAUUGAUAUUAUUUAAACUAAAUAAAAAAGUAUCAGUCGAAUAUAAUGAUUCAUUAUGUCAUUAUAACGUUAAUUAACACCAUUUCGAAUAUAUUCGAAUAAAUUAUUGACUUAUAGCGAAAAUUGCUGAGUUGUGUCCUGCAUUUUAUGUCUUAAAUCAUCUUUUGACGACGUUUUAACAAAUCGAAAUAUUCUCGUAUUUUAGUUAUCAAUCGAAUUAAAAUCGAUACGCGUGGAACAUUUUUCUGUAUUAAUGUAAUGACAAUUAACCUUAGAACAUAAAGUAUUCUAUGUUAUAAACAAUUAACUAACCAGGAGUGCUCAAUAUUUUAGUGGAAAAUUUCGGAUUUCAAAAUAUCUUCGUGUUGUUUGUUUCUGUAUUUUUAGACACUUUUGUGCUUCUCGAUUUUUUGUAUUUGAGGUAAGUUUGUAUCUUAUAAACAGAUUUAUGUAUUGAUGAUGAGAUUUAUGUAAUUCGUGGUACUAAAACUAGUUAUGUUUUUGAAUGUAAUAUUCCAAUUUGAUUAAAGAACCUAACUUUAACGGGAUGAUUUUUACAUAAAAAUAAAUUUUCUUGUGAGAAAUACUUUUGAGACAUUUACAUUGGACACCUACUAUAUAUCAAUUUUCACUUCGAAAUGGGUUUAACUCAUUUGAGUAAUGUGUAUUGAAAGAAAAGUAUUUGUAAUAGACAAUAAUAAUAUUCAUUCACCAAAAAAAUUGGAAAUAAACGUAUAAAUCCCAUUUUGAAAUAUAUUUUUAUCUAAAACAAAUUACCAACGAAAACAAUCACAAAAUGUUUCGAACAUAAACUAUAAAUUCAAAAUUUAACAAGUAUUGGUAAAUUCUCAUUUAUUUAAAAUGGAUUUUUCGUAUUUAAAAUACGUUAUUUCGUUAAAAAUCUAGAAAUCAGAUAUGAAAAAUAGCUUAAAAAACUCAACAAUUUAUGUAACUAGAAAUUUGAUAUCGAAAAUAAAUUUUAAAUUAAUAAAGCUACAAAUGAGCUACAAUUAUAAGUGGGGGCGAUCGGUGCGAGUCAUUGAAAUAAGAAACGCGCGUCUAAAAAGGUUAUUUACCUAUUUUGAAUACCAAGAAGUAGAGCACCUAUUUUGGGACAAAAUUUAAAGAAAUUUAGUUGUUUCAGCGCUUUCUAACAUUUUCUAAAUUGCAUGUAUAGAAUUUCCAUAGCCAUCAAUUGAUUGUUACCUUAGGAAGUUCUAUAACUGUAAAUUUUCAUCAAUUUAUAAUUUUAUUCCAUAAAUAAAUCACUAAUUAUAAUUUUCUAUUUUUAACUACAAAAAUGGGAAAUAAAUUCAAAAUUUAAUCGCAAAGAAAAAUGUUUCCAAUCUAAAUGAAUUACUCUGUGUAAAAAAAAUACUGAGAUAUCACAAGCGGUAGGAAACAACAACAGUAUAAAUAUCGUUUUAAUCAAUUAUUUUUCUAAAAAAAUCGAUAUUCGUGUUUGAGCUGGAAAAAUUUUGAGGGAAGCUUAGAGGUUGGAAAGUUAACGACAUCUAUCGGCAAUUUUAAAAUAAUAAUAGUUAGGAUUUGUGGACUUUGUCAGGGAGACAAUUAAGUGUGUUCAAUUUUAGAGGCUUAAGAAGAUAGUAAGUUUGGACCCACGUAAUACGCCAGAUCUUGAUUUAGUAUUAGAAACUAGUAUAAAUAUGUAAAUUAGCUAAUUUUAAAAUAAAAAAAAAAUUAAAACUGAAAAACCAAAUGGAAAGAAUAUUUUUCGACUCGUUCGGUAGUUUUUUUUCAUACUUGUUAUUUUUUUGAAAUUUUUUAUUAUAACGUUAGCGAUAUGUUUUUCUACGAAAUUGUUGGAUAUUAAAAAAAAUUUAUGAGACGUCGAAAACUAUUCUGUCUUGUGAAAAGUGAGAAAUAUUAUAUAAUAAAUGACUUAUUGGCGCUAAGGCUAUGUACAAAAUAUCCCAGUUAUAAUAAAUAUUCUUAGGAAAA